AUGAAAAGUCAAGGAAUCGAUGAAGAUAAACUUCAACUACUGCACGAUGCCAGUGGUGCUUUUAGACCAGGUGUAUUGACAGCACUUAUGGGUGUUAGUGGUGCUGGGAAGACAACCCUUAUGGAUGUAUUAGCUGGAAGAAAAACAGGUGGAUACAUAGAAGGAAAUAUUAGCAUAUCAGGUUAUCCAAAGAACCAAGCAACAUUUGCUCGUGUCAGUAGUUAUUGUGAACAGAAUGACAUUCAUUCUCCGAAUGUUACUGUAUAUGAAUCACUACUAUUUUCAGCAUGGCUUCGCCUACCUUCAGAUGUAAAUGCACAAACGCGAAAGAUGUUUGUUGAAGAAAUUAUGGAGUUGAUUGAGCUUAACUCAAUCAAAGAUGCACUUGUGGGUCUUCCAGGAAUAAAUGGUCUAACAACUGAACAAAGGAAAAGGCUUACCAUUGCGGUAGAAUUGGUUGCCAACCCUUCAAUUAUCUUCAUGGAUGAACCAACAUCUGGCCUUGAUGCUAGAGCUGCUGCUAUUGUAAUGCGAACUGUGAGAAAUACAGUGGACACUGGGAGAACCGUUGUUUGCACAAUUCAUCAACCAAGCAUAGACAUUUUUGAAGCUUUUGAUGAGUUACUGUUGAUGAAAAGUGGAGGACAAAUUAUCUAUGCUGGACCUCUUGGUCACCAUUCACAGAAGCUCGCUAUUGCAGGGGUUCCGAAAAUCAAGGAUGGUUAUAAUCCUGCCACAUGGAUGCUUCAGAUCAGCUCUCCUUCAAUUGAAGCUCAACUGGGCAUAGAUUUUGCCGAUAUUUACAAUAACUCAACCCUUUACAGAAGGAAUCAAGAGCUUAUCAAAGAGCUCAGUAGUCCACCACGAGGUUCCAAUGACUUGCACUUCCCAACCAAAUAUUCCCAGUCCUUCUUUGUGCAGUGCAAAGCUUGUUUUUGGAAACAAUAUUGGUCAUAUUGGAGAAAUCCUCCGUAUAAUGCCGUUCGAUUCUUCUUCUCAAUUGUCGUUGGGAUAGUCUACGGUAUAAUUUUCUGGAAUAAAGCCAAACAUGUCGAAAAGCAACAAGAUUUAUUUGAUCUUUUAGGAGCCAUGUACACUGCUGUGAUGUUCCUUGGAACCGGGAACGCUAUGGGAGUGCAACCAAUUGUUGACAUAGAAAGAACUGUAUUGUAUCGUGAAAGAGCGGCAGGGAUGUAUUCAACAUUGCCUUAUGCAAUUAGUCAGGUGGCAGUAGAGGCAAUUUAUAACGCUAUUCAAACGACCAUCUACAGUGUUUUCAUCUACUCCAUGAUGGGGUUUGAAUGGAAGGCAUUGAAAUUUCUUUGGUUCUUCUACAUCAUGCUUAUGUGUUUGAUCUACUACACGCUAUAUGGGAUGAUGAUUGUUGCCCUAACGCCGAGUUUCCACAUUGCUGUCACUUUUAAUUCCUUCUUCUUGACCAUCUGGAACGCGUUCUGUGGCUUUAUCAUUCCUAGGACGCAAAUUCCUGUAUGGUGGAGAUGGUUCUACUGGGCUUCUCCUAAUUCUUGGACAUUGUAUGGCAUUGUUACCUCUCAACUUGGUGAUGAAAAUGCACAAGUGGAAAUUCCAGGAGCUGAAAGCAUGGGGCUGAAGGAACUGCUUAAGGAAAACUUGGGUUAUGACUAUCACUUUCUUCCAGUGGUUGCUGUUGUACACUUAGGCUGGAGACUGAACCCUAAGCUUAGGCAAAUAUGGUUUACACCAUCUCGGGAAUUCGAUUUCCGGUUGUUCCUUCGCUGCACAACUCCAGCCUCCGUGGCGAUCGCAGGGCUGCGUCUCUUCCCGUUUUUCCCAGAAAGAACAACUUCUCUCGUAAUGAACCUUCCUCAUUUUAGCCUUAUGCUUUUACGAUUCCGUUACAUUCCUCUCUUGUGGAGUUAUGUGACACAUGCAUCGGCGGAAACUUGUUCGUUUGGUUUUGAUUUCGUGACAGAGGCGAGUGGUAACUUAGUGAAGCUCAAACGGAAAAUCCUUGCUGUAAAAUCUUCUCUUGAUUCUGAAUCCUUUUCUUCUGCAAUCGCCGAGCCUGAUAAGGUGCUUAUUCCUCAAGAUCAAGAUAACUCUGCAUCCUUGACAGAUCAGCUUGAAACUCCUGAUAUAAACUCAGAGGAUGCACAUGCUGUAGCUCAAACUGCUCUUAGAAGAUUUCUGAUAUGUGAAAACUUAGAGGAUUUAACCAUGGAAGAUGAGGAUAAAUACAAUAUUGGUGAAGCAGAUAGCAGUUACAAACAGAUUGAAGAUGGGCAAGGUUCUGUUGUAUCAUCACAAGUAGAAGUGGACAUUUCAGUCAAGACAUCGGUUUCUGUUGGCAAGAAAGUAAAGAUACCAACUGAUGAUGCUAAACCUAAGAACAUUCCCCUACCUGGCACUGGGCAGAAAAUAUAUGAGAUUGAUCCAUCUUUGCUAGCCCACCACGAGCAUCUUGAUUUUCGUUAUGGACAAUACAAAAGAUUACAUGAUGAAAUUAACAAGCAUGAAGGUGGUCUGGAUACAUUCUCUCGUGGCUAUGAAAAAUUUGGCUUCAUACGCAGGAAGAGCAUUGGAAGCAGUGUUGGCCAGAAGGGAGGCAGCACAUGGUUCCAACUUUCAGUCGCACAAGAAAUUCUGGCUGGACAGAUUUCAGUGAUCAGCACACUGCCUCAUAUGUGCACAGAUGGUGGCAAGCUUCCAGGAAGAGGCCAGUUUGAGGAUUCUGAACAAGGAUUGCUUGGUCUCGUACAAUAUGCUACGGGCAUUACUUACCGAGAGUGGGCACCUGGAGCUAAGUCAGCAGCAUUAAUUGGAGACUUCAACAAUUGGAAUCCAAAUGCAGAUGUAAUGAUUCGGAGAUCUGUUUUUUUCCUGUGCUAUGGGGACCAUGCUGAUCUGACAGAGGAUUUUGGGGAGCUGGGUCUUGCUAUUGCUCCAUAUUUGACUGGGCUUGUUGGAACCCAGAGAGUCAUGAAACCAGCUGAUGUAACUGCUGUAUUUUUGGAUGUGAAUGUGAUUGCUACAAAUCUUAUAUGCUCCUGGUUUUUGAAUGAGUUUGGUGUAUGGGAGAUUUUCUUGCCAAACAAUGUGGAUGGUUCACCACCGAUUCCUCAUGGUUCACGGGUCAAGAUCCGCAUGAAUACUUCCUCUGGAUUCAAGGACUCAAUUCCUGCUUGGAUCAAGUUUUCUGUACAGGCUCCUGGUGAGAUUCCAUACAGCGGAAUAUACUAUGAUCCCGCAGAAGAGGAAAAAUAUGUGUUCAAACAUCCACAGCCAAAGAGACCAAAAUCACUUAGAAUAUAUGAGUCACACAUUGGCAUGAGUAGUCCAUCCAACCUUGUCAAAAAGGAGGUGAGACAUUACAAAUCUACCAACCAACUUGGGUCAGCUUUUGAACUAAGGGGCAAGAUCAAAUGGGCAAAUAAAUCACCCUCAAAAUAUAGGACAGGAUCUCUAUUUAGUCCUCAAGCAGAUGGAGACAUCCAAGAUGAUGUACUACCUCGCAUUAAAAGGCUUGGCUACAAUGCCGUUCAGAUUAUGGCUAUCCAAGAACAUUCUUAUUAUGCCAGCUUUGGGUACCACGUUACAAAUUUCUUUGCCCCUAGCAGCCGAUUUGGAACUCCAGAAGAACUUAAGUCUCUGAUAGACAGAGCUCAUGAACUAGGUCUGCUUGUUCUGAUGGAUAUUGUACACAGCCAUGCAUCAAAUAAUACAUUGGAUGGGCUAAACAUGUUUGAUGGAACUGAUAGUCAUUAUUUCCAUCCUGGGUCACGAGGUUAUCAUUGGAUGUGGGAUUCUCGCCUAUUCAAUUAUGGCAGCUGGGAAGUACUAAGGUUUCUACUAUCGAAUGCAAGAUGGUGGCUGGAUGAAUACAAGUUUGACGGAUUUCGAUUUGAUGGUGUUACAUCAAUGAUGUACACUCAUCAUGGAUUGCAGGUAGCAUUUACAGGAAAUUACAAUGAGUACUUUGGUUUUGCAACUGAUGUUGAUGCUGUGAUUUACCUGAUGCUGGUUAAUGAUCUCAUUCAUGGCCUCUUCCCUGAGGCUGUUACCAUUGGUGAAGAUGUUAGUGGAAUGCCAACAUUCUGCCUUCCUACACAAGAUGGUGGGGUUGGUUUUGACUAUCGCCUGCAGAUGGCCAUUGCAGACAAGUGGAUUGAGAUUCUCAAGUAA